AUCUGUUUCUUUGUUGCAGGAACAGUCUUUCACAAGCUAGAUAAUGUUCAUCAGGUUUUGCAGACAAGUUUCAGACGGAGAUCUGAAGAGGCGACAUUCCUGGAGCAGCGAGAUCGACCGUCAAUUGGAGGAAACGGAGGCUGUAGCUAUCUCAAGGGAAGAUCCCGCUGCCCCAGCCUCGUCGGUCAACGAUAGAAUCUUCAAGGAGCAUGGCCGUUCGAUGCAGACGGUGGACCUGGUGGCGGACUGCCCGUUGCAGGUCGUGACGGGUGACUCGCGAUCGCCGUCACUCUCGAGAGCGCCGACACCUUCCCCAACGUACGUCGCGUCGACGACGAGCAUGGGGCAACGAUCGAGCGCCCUGUUACGCCCCAGAAUCUCGCUUACUUGGGUCUUGCGCGGCCAACAACAAUCUAACUUGGGUUCCAGCAGCUAUUCGACCAUUAAUGGCAGCGGAGGUACAAACAAUGAUCGAGAUACUUUUUCGCGAAGCAGCAAGAGAUCUUCGAAAAGAAGUAUUAAAAGUGUCAAGGAGAAAGACGCUGCUAGCAAGGAAAAUAUCGAGAACAAGGAGAGCGUCGAGAAGCGCGAGAAAAAGAUUUUGCACAGGCUCCAGAAGAUCGAAAGAAUCGAAAAGACUACUGGUAAAGAGACAUUCGGUGAGAAGCAGUCGGAUAGUCCUCAGGAGAAGCACUUUGACAAAGAAUUUAUCGGUCUCAAAGAUACGAAAGAAAAGGAGAAAGUGAAGAGAGCCAUAUCCGAGCCUUCCCUAGUGUCUCGCGAAUCAACGUCGACACCAAAUGGACGAGAAAAGCAUCGGCAUAGGCGGACCAAACGUUCGCACAAACCGAGAUUGCCAAGUAGAUUCGGCUAUGAGAUCGCUGAUCUCGAUGCGUUUCUGACCAAGGCGUCCAUAGAGAGGCCAGCAAACAUUCCAGUUGUCCUGUCUUUUCCAUCGGUAUUAUAUCAAACUCAAGGCGGCGUACAAGACGAGAUGGCUCUUCCUCUGGGCACAGUCGUGAACGCCGUCUUCAAGAACCAAACCUGGUUAUACGUGCAAACGCCUCACGGACAAGAGGGGUACGUCGGCUACGCCGCUUGUUUGCCCUUGGGCAUCUUGCCGCAAUCUACGCGAGGACCAUGCUGGGAAGACUCCACUGAUGUUUUUCCCCGGCCAUUAGGAAACAUGACGGACAUGGAGAAGCUGCGUGACACCAGGUCCGAGUGCGGGGCGAGUCGGGGGCGCAGCAGCAGAAUGAGACGGGGACCAAGAGACGCGGUGUCGGCAUGCGGCGAACGCAGUGUCGAUCGAUUGUACCUGAGGGCAGCGGCGAACGCACGCACCAAAGGCUCACGACAUACGCUUCUGGUGAUCCGAAAUGACUACGAGGCGCGUGCCGCAAAUGCCCUGACAGUUUCGAAAGGCGAUGUGGUUGCCCUGUUGAGCGAUCACACGAACGAUUGGUUCUGGGUGCGCUCCAGGGAUGGCAGGGAGGGAUUUAUCCCCGCGGUCAUUGCCGGUCACGGCUUCCUCUGACUCUUUCCAAUCGGAGGGAUACUCGUUUACAGGAUAAUCUCUCUCGUUUAUGAAAGUUUUUGUGAAGAAGUCAUGUCGCACUCUAGAAGCGAUAUUACCUAGAAUACUGCCAAAUUACUCGAGUAGAUUCGAAUUAAUUAACGUAAUUGCGAUACAAAGAACUUUGGUCCCAUUUUUGGAAUAACAAUUGUAUUGGAAGUAAAAAGGUUCUUUCACAAAUGUGAUACCACAAAAUCAGUAUUUAUAUAUUAAAGAAAUGUUAAUUGUAAUUUUUUAAUUUAUAGAUGAAAGAUGAAAAAAAGAAUAUAUAUGAACAUUGACUGUCUUAACCACUUUUACGCUGCUCCUAUUUCA